UGAACCCGGGUUACCUGUGGUUCGUUCAGUCCGCUAGUGAAUACAGACAAGUGGCGAAUCGAUCGUUAGAAAAAAAACUGAAACCGACUUUGUGUGCUUUUUCAGUGCUUUGUGCUUAUUGGCCGCGAAAUUGACUGGAAUUGUGGAUUUUAUUACCAUUUGGAUUAGGGCUUUUGUCGGCUGAUUUGCUGAUUGCACCGAAUUGAUCGAAGAAACCCAGCAUUGGUAAUGGAUAAAUCUGGUUUCUAGUUCAAACAGAAAGCCACGAGAUUUAUUAACACCACAGCAAUGGACGCUGACAGUAGCUAUGGAGGCAGCGAUACCGCUCAAGACUCGCACUCAGCUCACGAAAACAGCGCAAACUUUGAGGCUCACAGCAAUCACCCGGAGGUGACCACAAUGGCCGUGCACAGCAUUCCCACUGCGGUUGAAGAGGCGCCCACUAAUCAAUACUACCACAAGAACGAAGUCACCUUGCCCAUUCACUAUGACGAAACCGACUUCAAAAGUGCAUCGAAACCAAAAGAGCCGCAUUACAUGUCGACAGUCAACCUCAAUAUCAAGCAAACCUUGGAGAAUCACAGCAACUUGGAGGAGAUGAGCAAAAACUACAAGAGUACCAGCUAUUUGAAUGGCGACGAAUCACCGCAGAGCGUGAAGAAGGACGCGGGAAUCGAAAAUCCAGGUUUCGAUGAUGACGAGCAUUUUGGAAAUGGUGCAGUGAAAAGUACAUUUAACCAAUCGAAACCAUACAACGGGGAUUUAAAGAAGUUCGAAGAACCAACAACAGAAGCCGUCAAUCUGGAGCUGAUCAACCUGAAGCCAGUGGGAAAAGAUGUGGCUGGACCUUACGAGAUUGGCUUUAAUGGAGUCAGCGGAAUUCCCAUAAAGAUGGAAGAUGAUGCGGAAAUGGGAAAUCCGUACGAUGAAUACUUCGUGCCUGUUAAUGAGCAUCGCAAAUAUAUGAGUAACGCCCGUAAAGGCCGUAACAGCGUAACAUUCGCUGAAAUCAUUGCGGCCGGCGAAGAGAGCAAUCUGGCCAAUGACGACGAUUCCGUUCAGUAUCCUCGAUGGAUGAACCAAUCAACACGAGGCGAAAAACUCUACGUAACCAUGGACAAAAGGAGCAAAAAGAGCAGAAACAAAUGCCUAUGUUGGACUGUUUGUUUAUGCAUUGUGGCAGCCGCUUUGAUUAUUGGCAUUUUAGCAGCUGUGGGAGUAAUCGGAAAUCAAGGACCAAUGACACCAAAGGAAAUAACCGCAAGACAUUUCAAUGGAAAUGAGGCGCAAGUGAAAGGCGCUGCUGUAUUCGCAGGCUCCGAUCAACAGUCCAUCGCCAAUCCAUCCAGUUCGCCUGGACCGCCCUUGAGUACCGUUUCCAGCCUAUUACCUACAACGGACACUUCAAUGAUUCAUGUGCCCAGAGCUUUGGAAUCGGAAAUCGUCAUUGACAACAUGGAAUUCACUCAGGAACUUGCAAACAAAAACAGCUCAGAGUAUCAAAGGUUGGCAGCCAAUCUGGAGGAGACUUUGAAGAACACUCUCUUCCCCAGCGAUAUGCUCAAGUACGGCUCUGCAGACAUCGAGGUGAAAAUAAUAGAGUUUCUAUCAGGGAGCGUGGUGGCUAAAUACCGCAUUGCAUGGCGCUUCAAAGAGGGCAUCCACAAUGCAAAGGAUCCGAUGACUACCGAAUUGCUGCAGCGCAAAAUCGACAACAUCCUGCAGCGAAACCAGGGCCUAAUCGAUUCCUACCACAUAGCUAACCGUCCGAUCAACGCCCAGAAAAUCACCGAUCUCUGCCAAGUUCAGAACAACGGUUGCGAGCAUUUAUGUGAAUUUGACUACAGGAAUCGCCUGGAUUUCAUGUGCACAUGUCCAAAAGGAAUGAUGCUGGCAGCUGAUGGAAAGAAAUGUGAGGAAAUUCCUGCAACAGCGGAACCCAGCCCGGAACCGAAUAGCUUUGGAGCUCCCGCACAAACAACUAUUUUUCCUCCAAUAGCACCAGAACCAGCAAUAUUCCACUACCAUCCUUCAGCUGCACCUGAGGCUGCUUCACAACCAGAACCUUCCUCAGAACCGGAACCAUCUUCAGAACCAGAACCAUCCGCAGAACAACAACCAUCUGCUGAACCCCAACCGUCUGCCGAACCAGAACCUGAACCGUCAGCGGAACCUGAACCUUCUGCUGAACCUGAACCUGUGGCAGAACCAGCUUCAGUGCCUGAACCAACUUCUGAACCUAAACCGGCUGCAGAACCGCAACCUGAGCCUAAUGCCGAUCCUGAACCAGCCGCGGAACCUAAACCUGAGCCUGAAUCAACUGCCGAACCUGAAGCGGAGCCUAAUUCUAAUCUUGAACCAAUCUCGCAUGCUGAACCUGAACCCAAAUCGGAACCCUCAGCUGAACCGGAACCGACCCUUGAGCACACCUCAGAAAUGGCAACUGAGGAACGAAAAAAUGAGUCAUCCAAUGAAAAUUCCGUUCACCAUGUGCCGGUGUUUGUUCAGGUUGAAGACCAAACCGACGAGGCGAUCUCAGCACAUGAGCCAGAGCUUCAGAGCAGCAAAACUGAGUCCACCUUGGAUACAAAUGUUGACGCUGAGCCAAACGACGUAGACUUUGGACGUGAGCAACCAAGCAACGAUCAAUAUCCGCACAUUAUUCCAGUGGUUCCCAUCCACGAAAGUACCACCAAACGGGAUAUGGAUUUUCAAUCAGUUACUGAAAUUUCCAGCACUCAUGUAACUGAAAAGCCGAUUUUGCAAACGGAGCUGAGACACAUAAUGAGGGGCCAUGAAAUACUGGCGGAAGACUCCACCCAUGGUAAUUUUGUACCAGACUUCCACACGGAAAUUGAGGAUCUGGAACAUCACGAUGAUGACUAUCACUUUGUGAAUGAAGAUGCCACAUACUUGGACCCGAGCACUGAACGGACUGUGGAAGAACCCUCUCGGGUACCAGAUGACAGAAAGCUGGAAAACAAUUUGAAGCAUUUUAUUCCUGUUGUUGUUGCCGCUUCAGAAGCCACUAGUAAGGAACCUGCUAUUGAAACUACUACCAUGCGCUGGCUGUCUGACGAAAAACUCAAUCAAGCAGGAAUAAUAAAAGUGGUGAUUCCAGAAGCGGAAGUUUUUACUACCACAAUGCCAGACACUGCGACAUCGCCAGCAGUCAAUGCGGUAGAAGAAGAAAGAACGAAUGUUGCAACUGAAGAACUUCAAACCGAUCUGCCUCAGCACUAUAACAAAGUUCCGGAGUUCAACCAGGCAGGAGUUUUGGAACAGGCCACAAGUACUACUUCGGAAUCUUCAAACCCUUCUUCCUCCUCUGAACCUUUCACCGAGAUACCCCACCACGAAGUCCUCCUCAACAUUACUACUACGCCAUCUUCCAACUCUUUGGUCGAAGAAUCCACAAAAAUGCCUCACCAACAAAUCCAAGAAUUCCACCAAGACCUUGCCAUGCCUUCAGCUACUGCUACAGAAUCUUCUAACUCUUCCUCCUUAGUUGGGGAGUCCACGGAAAUGACCCAUCAAGAGAGCCUGGAGCUCAAUACAGACAUUUCCAAAUCGCAGUCCUUAAAUUCUUCCUCCUUUACUGAAAGCUCCACAGACCAUCCCAAAGAACACAUGUUUGAAUCUUCAAUGACUGCAAGCACCACCACAGAACCAUCAAAUAUUUCGUCACUUGUUGAAGCCAUCAAUCAUCCCACAAAUGAAGAUUUCCAACUGAAUCAAGCCUCAAUGAGCGACCAAUCCACCAGCAGCACCACAUCAUCGCUGGGUGAAAACGAGCAUGCAAUGAAUCAGACUCAUCAACAAUAUCAAACGGAACAGGCCAUGAUCGAGCACAACAUGUCGCCAUUUUUACCGGAAAUUGAAAAUGAGCAUGAGCACCUACUCAGGCACCAUUUCGUGCUAAAUGAAACUGACGCCAACGAAACUAAGCCUGGCAGUUUGGAGAAUGAUCAACUGAACCAUACCAAUCCAUUUGACCCCAACCCAACCGACACCACUGCAUUGGGCGUAAUUCCUUUAACAAACGAAGACAAUGAAAUUAGUGAAGAAGUCCAUCAUCCUGCUGUAGAAACAGCUCAAGAUGAGACAACAGUGAAAAUGGAAAAUGGAAGUAGCACCACUGCCCCGUCCAUUUUGGUAGGAAGUCUGGACGAAAAUCAGCCUGCGGAUGAAGAAAACAUGACUCUGCCUCCGGAGGUUUUCAAUAACGUGCACAGCAACAGCUUCUUUGAAAAGGAUCUCAGAGAAGAUAAAGCUGCCAUUGCAGUUGAACCCGCAAUCACCACCACAAUGCCCACCGCUUCUUCUUCGCCAAAAAUUACCACUGAAGCCACAACCACUGAAGAAGAAAUUUCAUCCACAAUGAUUGCUGUAUCAGCUGCCAACACCUCAAACGCCAUUGAACCCCAAAGCAGCACUGAAGACUUGGUGGCAAUGGAGACCACUACCAAUAAUAUGGCAGGAGAUGACUUAACCACCAUGCAUCAAGACACUACAACAACUUCAGCAAGCCCAAAAGAAUCUAUGAAUGAAACCAUUAGGGAAGAUACGAUCGCACUGUCGUCUAUAGAAGCUGCUACCAACAAUAGCACUGAAGGAAAUAUGGAACUUGCUAUGAAUAACAGCACAGAGGGAAACAUGGAAUCCAUGAAAUCUGCUGCUGUUGACAAAGCCGCUGAUACCAUUAAGGAAACAAUGGAAGUUCUUCUGAAUAGCGGCACUGAAGCUAUUCAGGAAAGUACAGAAGUUCCUAUGGGAACCAGCACAGAAGCAAACAUGGACGUGAUGGAAACUGCGGCUGUUAGCAACGCUAGUGAAACUCCUAAAGAAGUUAUGGAUGUACCGAUGAAUAACAGCACUGAAACUAUUAAAGAAGCAAUGGAAAAUUCUGUGCUAAACAGCACCGAAACAAACAUAGAAGCUACGGUUCCCGCAGUUAUCAAUAAUAUCACUGAACCAGUAAUGGGCGCAGUGAAUGAGACAACCAUAGAAGCUGAUGUAAACAGCUCAACAGAUAUGCAGGACGAAUACAAAGUGCGAGAAUUUUCAGUUGCAGAUGUGACAACAACAGAAACACUCUUUGUCACGCCCAGGCCUACCCCUAUUGGCCCAGUUGAACCAAUCGAGUCCGAUGAAGACUUAUCGGUGGCGCCUCUGGAAAGCUUCAACAGCAUUUCCGCUGAAGACCAAAGCGUUAUGGAUAAGUUCCGGCCUCUGCCAGAAAUGAGCAGCGAAAGAAACGAGAUCGAGAAAAGUUCCCCUACUUAUGAGAAAAUCGAUAGCAAAGACCUAUUUAAUCCAAACCUCAAAGAGCAACUAGAUUCAGCUUCAAAUGAAACCAUCAUCCAAUCGGAGCCCGAGGAGUUGAACAGCACUUCUGCUUCCCCCAACGAAAUCAAGCCGGUUACCGAAGAUUUUUCCAUAUUCAGCUUCGCCAGGUGUUCAACCGGGCAAUUCCAGUGCAUUAACGGAACGGCAAUUAAGGAUGGCAGCUACUGUAUCCCGGCUAAUGAUCGAUGCGAUUCAGUGAUGGAUUGCAGCGAUGGCUCUGAUGAACUCGGAUGCAUUGAAGAACGAUGCCCAAACAAUUUCCAGUGUGCAAGCGGCCAGUGCUUGAAGAGGCACUUGGUGUGUGAUGGAAUAGUGAAUUGCAACGACAGUAGCGACGAAUCAGGAUGUGAGAGUUGGACGUGUAACUUUGACGAGUUUGUUUGCAAGGAAGGAAAGCGCUGCUUGCCACUAUCCUGGAAAUGUGACGGGCGAACUCAGUGCUCAGAUGGAUCAGACGAGCAAACUUGCCACAUGACUCAGUGUCAGAACAACUCGUUCCAUUGCAGUGAGCAGGAUUCCUGUAUUCCAGAAAGCUGGAGAUGCGAUGGAAAAGCGGAUUGCGGCAAUGGAGAGGACGAGAAGCUUUGCGAAUGCAACAGCGAGCAAUUUAAGUGCCAAACAGGUGGAGGAUGCAUCGACCAGAAUCUAAGAUGCGAUGGAAUUCCUCAGUGUGCUGACCGAUCAGAUGAAUGGCAGUGUCUGGCUUUGAGCCGAAUUGGAGAUGUUGAUAAUAUACUACAGGUUCAAUUUGAAAACAACACCUUCUCGCCAAUUUGCCUAGACGACAAUGAGUGGAAUGGAACCUACGCCACAAUGGCUUGUCAAAGCCUUGGAUUUUCCGACUCUAUCCAACUGAAAACUGUGGAAAAACCAGUCGAUCUCCAGUUUGCGGCGUUUUAUACUCUAGAUGUGAAAGGGCAUGUCGCCCCUUUGUUAUCCCAGUUCACCCGAGUGGAGAAUGCCAGUUGCAGUAAAAUCGCCUCUCUUCAAUGCCAAGAGUUCUCUUGUGGAAGCAACAAUGAAGAACGUGUGCCGCAAGCCCGAAUAAUCGGAGGCAAUAAGGCGGCAGCAACGCAAUGGCCGAGCCUCACUUUGCUCUACGACAAGAAACGAAACAUUCAAUGCACGUCCACGCUUAUUGCGCCCAUGUGGGCCAUUGCCAGCUACUCCUGUGUGGCGUCCAAAGACAAUUCGAUUCCCGAUGGCAAAGAGUGGGUUUUAUAUGCGGGCAGCACAAAUUUCUUCAACUCAGUCGACAAUUCCAGCACGCAAGUUGGCCUUGUCAAGGAAAUAAUUCCUCACCCUCAGGCCAAAUUCUCCCAUUAUGAAUUCAUCAACGAUUUGGUGCUCGUCCAGCUUUCGAAGCCAUUCAUUUUAGGUAGAAACGUGAGCACCGUUUGCUUACCAAGCCACGACAUUGAACCGAGACAGUUGUGUGUUUUAUCUGGAUGGGGCAUUAACAAGCCUGGCGAUCCCGAUAAGGAGCAAUACCUCCACUACUUGCCAGUUCCUAUCAUUGAGAAUUCCGAAUGCAACUCGACUAAACACUACAACGGAUUGAUGAAUUCCGAUAAGAUUUGCGCUGGAUAUACUGACUCAGAAAAAUCUCCCUGUUACAACGAUGAAGGAGCGCCCUUGAUGUGCUUCUCUGAAAAAGAGAACCGAUGGGAAUUGCAAGGCGUUCUGAGCCAUCACGAGAAUUGCGGCAUCAGCAAACACCCGGCCGUCUACUCAGCACUGAACUUGAAGCUCAGAAGAUGGAUUACCAGUACCAUUGGAGAGGCCCUGAACGAAACGACGUGAUACGAUUGAAGGCCCCUCCGAGAGCUGUGAUUAAUUAACAUACUACUUGUAUAGACUGUAAAAUAUUUAGCAAUUUGGUAAAUUGAGCAUUGAAUGGAUUCGGUUUUUAGCUCAAUGCGGCAGCCAAAAAUGUACAGUUUUAAGUUUUUCUGCGUCUGCCACCAAACUGAAGCUUAAACACUGUUUUUUCACCUAAUAUGAAAACGCUCAAAUAUCAGGUAGAGUUGUAGGUAUCAUCUAUAAUGUUAAAAAAAUACAUAAAUACAUAAAACAUUUUUAAACAUUCCAAAUUUUAUAUUUUAUUUAGUAUUUAACAAAAAAACGUUUAGUAGCUGAGUUGACUAUUUAUAAAUUAAUUUUUCAACUGUAGAUUUCGUAGAAAUCUAAACUGAGACUCAAGAUGGAAAACAAAAAUGUUUGCUUAAUUUACCCUUUUAUUGAAACCAUGUAAACCCACACAGCUACUCUUACGACUAAGAUUACCAAUGCGGACCGCUUAGCAACUCAACAACAGAAACUAGAAGUUUCUAAGUUGGCGAUAAUCCCUCAUAAUUCCUGUAAAUAUUGUAUAUUUAUAAGUUGUUAUCUAUUCCUUGAUAGUUUAAGACUAAAAGUUAGCAAUUCUAUUGUUAUAACACUUAAUUAAAUGCUAAGAAAGCCCGUCCCAACAUGUUGCUAGUCAAGCAUCGCGUGCCAAUGUGCAAAUACAAUGGGAGUUGUUUUUUUUUUCACCAUAAUACCGUGUAUAUAUUUGCAACUUUUAUACUUCUAUUAGUAACUGUAUUAAACUUAAGGUAAAUAAACGAAUAAAAUUAAUUAACGUAG